GCUUACCUGAGAGCGGUCGACGUGAAGAUCCUGCAGCAGCUGGUGGUGGUGAAUGAGGGCAUCGAGGCGGUGAAGUGGCUGCUGGAGGAGCCUCCCUCCGUUGCCACCCCCCCCCCCCCCAGCCAGUACAGCCUGGUGGAGAGCCAGGAGGCCUCGCGACGGGGCAGCUGGGACAGCCUGCAGGACCCCAACGACAGGCUGGACAGCAUCUCUGUCGGCAGCUACCUGGACACCUUGGCUGAUGACAUGGAUGAGUAUUCCCAAAACGCUGCUGAAACUGCCGCAGCAUCCACACCGGGCAGAGCCCUGGUCAGGGCGGAGCAGGAUUGGGUCAGGAUCGACUCUGAGAGGGGUCUUGCAAAGCAAGAGAAGGGCAAAGUGGAGCAAGAGUGGCCCCACAUGGACCUCUCCCCACCUGGGUUGCCCCAGGAUCACCGGUUUGCUAAGGAGCCCCAGGUGGCCAACGGGUAUUUGGGCCAGCAGCCCUCCUCUCUGGAAGCAGGCAGAGACACGAAAUCACCACCGGGGGCUGGGGAGAGGCUGGGGAAGGGAAAUCUGGGUGGGAAGGCUCGGAACACUGAGGCUGACUUUGAGAACUGCAAGCUCAACAGCAAACUGCACCUGGAGUAUGAUGCCCACUGGCGCUGGCUCCAGUCUCAGGAUGAUGUGACAUUCUUAUAG